AACCUGAAAUUGGAGAACCCGCCGGCUCUGUUCUGAUUCUCAAAACUUGAUUUUGCUCCUUCAGGGAGCACAAGCUGGGGUGUUCGGGUGAAAUCCGGUGAUGCUCUAAUUUACUCUAAUCAGUUUUUUCAGAAAAUUUACUUCUGAAAUUUUCUGCUUCCAAACGCGCCUUCAUCUCUUGCUCGACCGCCCGUUUUAACAGAAAUGGCUACAGCCAUGGCGGCUAUACGCCCACCAAAAGUAACCGCCGGGCACAGCCCAUCAUCACCUCUCAAUGAGUUAACCUCCAGUUUUAGCCUCGGGUCGCCAUUAAAGGGCAUCUCUUUACAGAUGCAACCGAGGAGAGGCAGAGGGAGACAUGCUGUUAGCUUGGAAGUAACCUCCGCCGCUUCCGGAAAAUCGGCGUCCAAGAGCGGCGGCGGCGGCCGUGGGAGGCUCUAUGUCAAUUUUACUGGAUUCCCCUUCCCUCUCGGCCCUUUCCUCAACCGCCGCACCAUCCGGACUGUGGCUGUAAAAGACUGUAUGUGGUUAUUUGAACAAGAACAAGCACUCGGGUUCAGCAGUGUCUCAACAAACAUCAGAAUGACUGUAAUCAAACUUAAAUCGGGCGGGUUAUGGAUUCAUGCAAUAAUUGCGCCAACCAAGGAGUGUAUCCAGCUUGUGAAAGAGUUGGGGUAUCCCGUGGAAUACAUUGUGUUGCCUACAUUUGCAUAUGAACACAAAAUAUUCGUUGGCCCAUUCUCGAGAAAGUUUCCACAGGCUCAAGUAUGAGUAGCACCAAGGCAAUGGAGUUUGCCUUUAAAUCUGCCACUCGAGUUUUUUGGGAUAUUUGGCGCCAAGACCUUAAAAGAUGGAGAUCUUUCAACUCCGUGGGCUGAUGAGAUCGAACAGAAAGUUCUUAGUUCUCCAGAAGUUGGUAUUGGACCAUAUGUCGAGGUGGCGUUCUAUCAUAAGCGUUCAAGAACAUUAUUAGUGACAGAUGCUGUAAUAUUUGUUCCUAGGACUCCUCCUGAAUGUAUAAGCAAGGAGUCUCUGCUUGCAUCUGCAAAGAAUGGUUUGGCUGUCAAAAUCCUUAGUAAAGGGAAACAAGUGCCAGAAGAGCCCGUUGUUGACAACAAGAUGAAUCGCCAGAAAGGAUGGGAAAGGAUGGUUCUUCAGAUUCUGUUUCUAGGACCGUCGAAUCUUCUAGAGCCUAAUGCAAGUUUUGGUCAGGUGUCACAGAAACUUAUUGUUUCACCCAUCAUUAAGACAUUGGUAUUCAGCAAAGUUCCGGAAAAGGUUAAAGAUUGGGUCGAUGGCAUUGUGCGGGACUGGAAGUUCAAGAGAAUAAUCC